AUGUCAUAUGUAGAUCCACUCUAUAAAUUCAAGAAGCAGUUUCAGGAAUUUGUCGAUAAUAAUCCAAACGUUAUCGCAUCAUCAUCACAAAUUCCGGACUCUGCCAAAGCUGUUAUAGUUUUAAGUCCAGGAUCAAUAUAUCAUCAAUUUAAAAGAGAUUGGGUAUCUAAAUCCUACAAAAAAACUAUUGUUGAAAGACCUGAAAGAUUAUUAGCAUGUUGUUUAGGUAUAGGUGCUGCUGUUACAAUGUAUCCUGCUUUAUUCACAUUAAAAUCCGUUCCCUCUUUAUAUUCCAGUAGUAAUUCUGGUGGUAUUAAUAAUAUUCAUAGGAUCGAAAAAAAAUUGAAUAGUUCUCAUGUUUUGAAAGUGCAUGGUAACGAGUGGCCCAAUAAAUUGAUAAAAUUAUGUAAAGAAAGUGAUAAAAAAUUGGCUAAUGGUGAAGUUGAAGUCCCUGAUACCUGGAAUAGUGGUGAUAUUUAUUUAUCUUCCUCAACAUUGGAAGCUAUUUAUAGUAGUAUAACUGCCCUAGAAACAGGGGUUGAUUCAAUACUCAAUAGUAAUAAUGCCAAUGAAUGUCCUAAUAGAUGCUUUGUAGCAGUUAGACCACCUGGGCAUCAUUGUCAUUUUGAAAUGCCCGAAGGAUUUUGUUUAUUAAAUAAUGUUCAAGUAGCUAUACAAUAUGCAAGUGAUAAAUAUGGUAUCACACAUGCUGUUAUAUUGGAUUAUGAUCUACAUCACGGCGAUGGAACACAAGAUAUAUGUUUUAAAAGAGCCUUAGAAAAAAAUAAUAAUAAUAAUAAAGGGAGAGGUAAAUAUACCGGCAAUAAAGGGAACCAGAAUAACAAAAAAGAUGAUGAUGCUGCUACUGCUGCUACUGAUGAUGGUGAUGAUGAUAGCCGUGAUUGUAAUAAUUAUGUUUUAAAAAAAUAUGGUGUUAAAGUUGGAUAUUUUUCAAUGCAAGAUAUUAAUUCGUUCCCCACUGAAGUUGGUUUCAGCACCGCGGAAAGUAUAGCCAAGGCUUCGACAUGCAUUAUGGAUUCUCAGAAUUUAAAUAUAUGGAAUAUUCAUCUAGAUAGCUGGAAUAAUAAUGAACAAGAGUUUGAUAAACUUUAUAACAAUAAAUAUCGUAUGUUAUUUGCUAAAGCCGAUGAAUUUUUUACAAGGGCAAAAUUUGAAUGUGGAUUAAAUAACGGUCCUGCAUUUAAAGGGUUGGUUAUUAUAAGUAGCGGAUUCGAUGCUAGUGAAUAUGAAUCACCAUCAAUGCAGCGACAUCAAGUUAAUGUUCCUACCAAAUUUUAUAAUAUGUUUAUGAAGGAUGCGUUAAAAUUAGCGCAAAUUCAUACCAAUGGUAAAUUGUUGAGUGUACUAGAAGGUGGUUAUAGUGAUGGAGCCAUUAUUUCCGGUACUUUUUCCCAUUUAAUUGGAUUACAAAAUCAAAAUUGGAUCAUGGAAUGGGGGUCAAAACAGGUUAUUAAAGAAAUUAGUAGAGGUUGUAAACUAACUUGGAAACCGUAUAAAACUAGAAGAAACAACGAUGUUAUUAGGGUUUGGGCUGAAGAAGUCAUUAAGUUGGGCAGAAGCAUGAUACCUGAAUUCAAACCAGAACUAUUCGAUAAGGAAUUAGAGAAAAAAUUGGGUAUCAACAAACAUAAUAUUAUUUUAAGAUCUAGUAAAACAAGAAACAGUGGCGUUGAUAUUAAUACGAACACUAAUAAGAUUAAUAUCGUCAAGUCUGAAAAACCUACCAUAUUAAACCAGUACUUCCCAGAUGAUGAGCAAGAUUAUGUAGAUGAAGAAGAUAAGGAUUAUGUGUAUAAUGAAGAAUUGAAUAAAACUUUUAAUAAGACAGUUGAAGACAUCACGAUCGAUGAUAUAUCAAGACAUUUAGAAACAUUAGAUAUAAUAGAUACUACAUUUGGUACCGGCAAUGGUUCUCAUAAAAUGCGUGCUAAAAAGACCAAAAAUAUACCCUCCAGCUUCCUAUAUGGUAGUGGGAAAGUGGAUAACAUAAAGUAUGGUGACGAACAGCAACAAGACAUUUCUAUGAUAUCCCAAUAUAAUGAUCCACCAUCUGCAAGGACAAGAAAUCAAUUAUCACAAAAAAAGCAGCAGCGUGGUCAAAAUGAUAGUGGUACAAAUACAAACUGUAGUCGUUACCAUAGUACUCGAAGUGGUAGGACCCAAUGGUAG